AUGACAGGGAUGACACUAUGGGUGUUAACGUUAAGCACUGUGUUGAUGUAUGGAACAGUAACGAUGGAAAAGAUAAGUGGUAUGCCAGAAUUACUUGUGGUGACAGUUGCAACGGAAGAGACAGAUGGCUUGAGACGACUGAAACGCACAGCUGACAUUAAUGACGUCGGACUAGAAGUAUUCGGUAUGGGUGAACAGUGGCGAGGAGGCGAUGUUCGCGUUGACAAGGGUGGAGGGCAGAAAAUACGCAUUUUACGGAAAUCAUUGGAGAAAUACAAAGACAGGAAUGAUUUAAUAAUACUAUUUGUUGAUGCCUAUGAUGUGAUACUUUUGGGCAAUGAAGAACAAAUUUUGCGGAAUUUCUUCACUUUCUUUGAUGGAUUUCGUCUCGUGUUUUCGUCGGAACCGUUUUGUUGGCCAAACAGAAGUUUAGCCCCGAAAUAUCCACUUGUUAAUUUUGGCUACAGGUAUUUAAAUUCUGGAGUUUUUAUGGGUUUUGCUCCUGAAAUUUGGAACUUAAUAAGCUACAAGGAUGUGGAAGAUAAUGAUGACGAUCAGUUAUAUUACACACGCCUCUACUUGGAUGAACAAAUAAGAAUGUCGCUGAAAAUGACUCUGGAUUCAAUGAGCAUUCUAUUUCAAAAUCUAAAUGGCGCGUCGAAUGAUGUAAAGUUAGAGAUGAGUGAUGAAAGAAGCGGGACGUAUUUUAUUUACAACUUUAUUUAUAACACAUAUCCUUUGGUUAUACAUGGUAAUGGUCCAAGCAAGCUCCAUUUAAAUUAUUUCGGUAACUACGUUGAUCCGCUUAGGAUAACCACUGCAAAAACUCAGCACACAACAAUGGAUCUUGAAAAGAUUGAAUUACCGAGGUUAUUUUUGUCGGUCAUUAUUUCCAAACCGAUACCAUUUAUUCGUGAGUUUUUCGAAAAUAUUAAGAGCUUGGUGUAUGCAGAUGAGAAAAUUGAUUUAUAUGUUUAUUGCAAUCAAAAUUUUUUGGAAAAAGAAACCAAUGGCUUUGUUGAAGAUGUUAAAGGGCGUUAUCGAUCACUACUGUAUGAUGGCAGCACAACAGAAUUGGGUGAGCGUGAAGCUCGUGCAUUUUCAUUAAAACAAAGCUUGGCACUGGGUGACGACUACCUAAUAAUGAUUGAUGGCGAUGUACAUUUAAAUAAUUCGGAAGCCUUGCUGCUUAUGAUUCACAGAGUGAAAGAAAAAGAUUCAGAGAUUCUUGCACCUUUAGUUGGGCAACCACAUAAGUUGUUCACUAAUUUCUGGGGCGCAAUCUCUAGUAAUGGAUAUUACGCUAGAUCCGAGAAUUAUCUGGAUAUCAUUGAUUAUAAAGAAGUGGGAAUUUGGAACGUACCCUUCAUUAGUUCGAUUUUAAUAAUUGCGAAGGAAAAACUGACAUCCUUAUCAAAUGCAUAUUAUUAUAACGAUAAACUAGAUCCCGACAUGAGCUUUUGCUCAUUUGCACGUGAUAAAGGUCAUUUUCUUUAUCUUGAUAACAGCCACUAUUACGGCUUCCUGGUAGUUAGCGAAGAUGUUGAAUCAUCCAAAGUUCAUCCGGAUAUGUAUGAGAUUUUCAAUAAUAAAGAGUUGUGGGAAAAGCGGUAUAUACACCCGAACUAUUUCGCUGCUCUUAAUGGUUCAAUACAAAUUCUGGAAAUAUGUCAGGAUGUAUAUGAUUUUCCACUUAUGUCCGAAAGAUUUUGUGCGGAGCUUAUUGAAGAAUGUGAAUAUUAUGGGAAGUGGUCAGAUGGUAAACACAAGGACGAAAGAUUAGUUGGUGGUUAUGAAAAUGUGCCUACUCGAGAUAUUCAUAUGAAUCAAAUUGGUUUCGAACGGCAUUGGCUAUAUAUGUUAGAUGAAUAUGUUCGUCCAAUACAGGAGAAACUGUUUAUUGGUUAUUACAAACAGCCAGUAGAGUCCGUAAUGAUGUUUGUCGUACGUUACAAGCCGGAGGAGCAAGCUUCAUUAAGACCUCAUCAUGACGCUUCAACCUAUAGUAUUGAUAUUGCACUGAAUAAACGAGGAGUGGAUUAUGAAGGAGGCGGUGUUCGUUUCUUACGAUAUAACUGCACUUUUGAUGCUGAUACUGUUGGUCAUUCGAUGAUAUUUCCGGGUCGUUUAACGCACCUGCAUGAAGGUUUGGAAACUACCCAAGGAACUCGUUAUAUUGCUGUUUCCUUUAUCAAUCCAUAA